AUGGCCUCUUCCCCGACAACCCGCCACCGUCUGGCCGGCCUCCUGUCUUCCCCCUUCCUCCUCUUCGUCCUCUUCCACUACCACGUCGCCGCCACAGAAGGCAUCCGCCUUGCUGGCAUCAUCCGAAAGCCUUCUCCGGAUGUUACCAACAUUUUCCGAGAGGCCCCGGCCUUUCGGAAUGGGGACUCCUGCCGCGGCGAGGAGAGGAUCCACAUUGCCAUGACGUUGGACUCUAACUAUUUGCGCGGCACAAUGGCCGCAGUGCUUUCCAUCCUCCAGCACUCCACGUGCCCGGAGAUGGUCGAGUUCCACUUCUUGUCGGCAAGGUUCGAGCCCGACGUACUCUCCAACAUCAAAGCCACCUUCCCCUACCUCAAAUUCAACGUCUACCGAUUUGAUUCCAGCAGGGUACGUGGCAAGAUAUCAAAGUCCAUACGCCAAGCCCUAGACCAGCCAUUGAACUACGCGAGAAUAUACCUUGCUGAUAUCAUCCCAUUGGACGUGAAGAGGGUUUUGUACCUCGACUCAGACCUCGUGGUGGUCGAUGAUGUGGCCAAACUAUGGAAGGUCGACUUGCAGGGCAAGGUUCUGGCUGCACCGGAGUAUUGUCACGCGAAUUUCACACCAUACUUUACCAACGUGUUUUGGUCCGAUCAGAAGCUUUCGAAAACGUUUGAGGGCCGCAAGCCAUGCUAUUUCAAUACAGGGGUGAUGGUGGUCGAUGUGGACAGGUGGAGACAAGGUGGCUACACUAAGAAAAUGGAGGAGUGGAUGACGGUGCAGAAGCAGAAGAGGAUUUACCACCUAGGGUCAUUGCCGCCGUUUUUGUUGGUUUUGGCGGGAGAUAUUACGGCUGUGGAUCACAGGUGGAACCAACACGGGCUCGGCGGCGACAAUCUCGAAGGAAAGUGUAGGAGCUUGCAUCCUGGUCCUAUCAGCUUGCUUCAUUGGAGUGGGAAAGGAAAACCAUGGUUGAGGUUAGAUUCGAGAAAGCCUUGCACCGUCGAUCAUCUUUGGGCACCUUACGAUCUCUAUCGGUCUUCAGCUCAUUAUUUCGAAGAAUGA